AAAAGAUAUCGAUUUUGUCAACUCGGUAUCGCUCCGAUACUGACACCGCCCUCGGUAUCCACACGUUCGCCGGUUUGUCUCGACCUGCCCACCCUCACUCCACGCGCACGCGCACAGCCGCACGCACGCGCUGGCCGCCAUCACAGGUGUUGCUAGCUAGCCAGCAGGCUAAGUGUGUUAUGCGCUGAGAAGGAUCCGUCUGACCCGCGCCUCUCGUCGGCUGACCGGAGCCGCCAUGGAGUGCCGCGUCCUGUCCAUCCAGAGCCACGUCGUCCGGGGCUACGUGGGCAACAAGAGCGCCUCCUUCCCGCUGCAGGUUUUAGGCUUUGAAGUGGACUCCAUCAACUCUGUGCAGUUCUCCAACCACACAGGAUAUUCGCACUGGAAGGGUCAGGUGUUGACAGCCGACGAGCUGCACGUCCUCUACGAGGGCAUCAAGCUGAACAACGUGCACCAGUACGAUUAUGUCCUCACAGGCUACACCAGAGACACGUCUUUCCUGGAGAUGGUGGUGGACAUUGUCCAGGAGCUGAAGAGAGCCAACCCCAACCUGGUGUACGUGUGUGACCCGGUGCUGGGUGACCAUGGAUCUAUGUACGUCCCUCAGAACCUUUAUCCCGUCUAUAAGAACAAGGUGGUUCCUGUGGCUGACAUCAUCACUCCCAACCAGUUUGAGGCUGAGCUGCUGACGGGUAAAAACAUCAGCACAGAGAAAGACGCGGUCGAGGUGAUGGACCUGCUGCACGCCAUGGGUCCAGACACGGUGGUCAUCACGUCGUCCGACCUGCCCUCCAGGCUGGGAGACCGCUUCCUGGUGUCGCUGGGCAGCCAGCGCCACGUUCGCCCAGACGGCAGCAGGACGACUCAGAGGGUUCGGAUAGAAGUUCCCAAAGUGGACGCCGUCUUUGUGGGGACCGGGGACUUGUUUGCUGCCAUGCUGCUGGCGUGGACGCACCACUACCCCAACGACCUGAAGACGGCGUGCGAGAAGACAUUUUCGGUGAUGCAUCACGUCAUCCAGAGGACCAUAUCGUACGCUCACGAACUCGCCGGUCCCGGUCGCAGGCCCAGUCCGCCCCAGCUGGAGCUGAGGAUGGUGCAGAGCAAAGCGGACAUCGAGGACCCCGCCAUCGUGACGGAGGCCACCGUCAUAUCGUAACGAUCGCCCGCCUCGGUCCCUGUAAAGCUCAUUUUGUAACACAUCGCCUCAGAAGGACAGGGAGUCACAAACGCAACACGAGCCGCGGCCCCCGCCGAGGUAGUGCGCCUGCCACCGCUACGCAACACCGUUUUGUCCAUGGCGCUCGUUGUCGUCUUGUCCUCCACGCCUGGUAGCAGCGUUAGCGCUGGCUGUGUCUCAAACGGAGCGCUCGCUCCAGUACACUUCCAUAAGUACACUGCGAGUGUGUGAAUACCCACGGUGUAGUGCUGUCCCUGAAUACAUCACAAUAUUUACUUGCUUCUCCUCAUCCGCCAUUGCCGCUCUGAAUGCAGCGUCCGUGUACCGGCAGUAGGGAUGUAACGAUAUACCGUAAAAUCUUCAACCACGGUAAGACCCCCCACGCUUUGUCUUACCGUUUUUAAAGUGAAAUGAUGCUAAAAUUGUGAUUUGAUGAAGUCAAAUGGCUUAAUAGCUAACAUGAAUACAACACACAUUACCUCUUUCCCCUAUUAAAAAAUGACAUUCCCCAAUCUAUUUUUCGGAGUAUAAGUCG